AUGCUUGCCAGGCAAAUUGGGAAAAGAGCGAUAUCUCUUCCAAAAUGUUGCUUGCGUGCAGACACAAGUACUAUCGGGGUUAAGUGUGCAAACACACUGCUGGCUCGGAAUUUCGUAAAUUAUUCAAGGACCUCGAACAUCAUCGGAAAAACAGAGAAAUAUGUACGGCCCGCGUCGACUGCGACGUCAGUCAAACCGGAUCCGGGACAGUACUUUUCGGAUGUUCCUCCAAAGAGCACGAGUCCUGAAACGAGCAAAACGGCCGAUUCGACGCCUCGGUCUGCCAGUGAUUCGUCUUUACCACUCGUACGGGUGGACGAGAGGAAGGUUUAUGUUGGCUGGGAUCCAUUAACUUGGUCUCGAUACCUGAACUUCUGGCUCAGAGAUCAUUGUCGAUGUCCGGAAUGCUUUCACCAGACUACAAAACAAAGAUUAGUAAAUACGUUUGACAUACCUCCAGAUAUUCAACCGUCGAAGGCUGAAGCAACCGCGGAGGGCCUGAAAGUAACAUGUUACUCGUCGUCAACAAAACCGCAUAUAUCCAUCUAUCCUUGGAAUUGGCUAAAAUGGCAUUCGCCGGAACCUGUUCCACUUCAAUCAUUCGAGGAGCCUCCGGUUCAGUAUAACGAAAAGGUUCUUUGGGGAGCAAAAAUCGUGCAAGACCCGCCGUCAGUUGCGCAUGACAAUGUCAUGAACGAUGAUUUCGGUUUAUGGAAAUUACUGAAGAAAAUUGACACCUUUGGUUUCUGCUUUGUACAAGGCGUGGAAGCAACACCUGAGGCGACGGAGCAACUUACUCGUCGUAUUGCGAAUAUCCGGCAGACACAAUAUGGUACGUUCUGGGACUUCACGUCCAAUCUAGCAAAGGGUGAUACCGCGUACACGACUUUGGCCCUUGGGGCACACACCGACACGACAUAUUUCACCGACCCAUGCGGUCUCCAGCUUUUCCAUCUCCUCUCACACACAGACGGGCACGGUGGCGAGACGCUUCUAGUCGACGGCUUCUACGUCGCCGCGAUCCUAAAGGAGCUCCAUCCCGAAGCGUACCACACUCUCACCUCAGUACGAGUCCCAACUCACGCUGCAGGUGAACCGGGGGAGUUCUACCGCCCUACACCUCCUGCUGGGUACCCGAUUCUUAACCUCGACCCCCAGACAGGUAAGCUCUAUCAGGUGAGGUAUAACAAUGACGAUCGCAGUGCAAUGCGUGGGGUCAGUUCCGAGGAGUUGGAGCGAUGGUAUGAGGCUCUUAGAUUGUGGGACCAGACGCUAAAGAGUCCGGACUCGGAAUAUUGGGUGCAAUUGAGUCCUGGAACCGCCGUUAUCGUCGACAACCAUCGCGUCCUACAUGGUCGCUCAGCAUUUGACGGCAAGCGCCGAAUGUGCGGAGCAUACAUCGGGAUGGAUGAUUUCCGCUCGGAGUUAACAGUCUUAACGGAGAGGUUUGGCCGGGGGCCUGAAGCUGUGGGGGAACCUGAAAAUACACCCUCUGGAGAAAGGAGUAACUGGAGCCCACUUUUCUAA